AUGCGCGCUGUUGUUCCUCGUCGUGUGGAGCCUGUGGUGAUGGAGCCCGUGGUGGUGGUUCAGCGUCAGUUUUCUGCGCCUUGCCUGGUCCGCAAAGCCUCACUGACGGCACCAGCUGCUCCUCCAGGACAGGGACAUGGGUUCGUGCAGCCCGAAGGCCAGCCGAUGCAAAACAACUCAUUUGCUAGUGCACGAGCUGCCGCGCGAGCCAGGGUGGAUGCAGUUUGUGUUCCUGCAGAGCCACUGCCCACCUGGGCUGCCCCAGCAACUCCUCCGCAGCCGCAGGGAUCGCGCGUAAGCCCUUCAUACGAGAAGCCGGAGAAUGACAGCGAGACCGGCAUCCCUGCUGACACGGGGAGCGAAAGGAACGGCCUGGCCUCCGAGUCCCAGGACGAGGAGGCCGUGGAUGCCGUGUCCGAGAAGGACUUCAGCCGGAUGCGUGCCAAAUUGGAAGCAACCCGGAAUGAACUCGUGGAGAAGAUGGCGGAGCUCAUGAAGCUCGAGGCGAAUCUCUCCGUGGCGCUUGGUGAAAAGCCAACCGCCUGGAGCUGCCUCCCGUCCUCGGAACCGGCGGAACUGGCGGAACCGGCGGAACCUUCGGACCCUGCGAUGCACACGACAUCUCUGAGUGCUCAGUCAUCUGUCGAGAUGCACGACCGCGCAAUCGGUGUCGUUGCAGAGGAGUACGAGUGUGAAAGCUCUGUGGCAAGCUUCCAAGCACCCGCAAAAGGCUGCAACACCAGAGCUGUCGGAACUACGACCGAUGACCUCAUGGCCACAGCAUCUGACGAUAAUGUCAAGGAUUUGAAUACAAGUCAGACAUCGAGUUCCCCGGACAAGAAGGACGCAAGCAGAAGCGACACUGCCCGGAGGGGGUCGCAGACGGCCAAGGAAGCCAGUCAAGAUACCAAAGACCCCGGGGAGCUCUCUGGAUUGCGGCGCUCUGCGUCUGCUACCAUGGCCAACAAGCUGCGAAAGAGCUCGUCAGCAAAGGAGCUCACAGGCAACGGCCUUUUGGCUUCCGACGUUGCCAGGUUGGUGGCUUCUCCCGAGAUUGGUACCUUGAACGAUUUCCUGCCGCAUCCUAUCCCCGAGCCGGAGGCCCGCCUGUGGAUCUGCGUCGGCCUGGCCAAAGCGAAAGGGCGCGUGCAGCUGUGCAGGUGCUACGCGAGAGGCCAAGGAGAUGCAACGUUCCUCCAGCGAAGCGAGGCUCUCGAGCUGGCUCUCGAGCUGGCUCUCGAGAGGCUUCCGCAAACCGCCUCCAACGAGAGGAGCACGGGCAGCCGGAUGCCGGGUCCUCAUAUCAGCAGUCAUGAUGGAGAAGGAGAAGAGGCAUCUCAGAGGGUCUCCGUGCCGAUGUCUGUGACGGCUCCGGUAAGAGCUCCUUUCCAAGGCAGCGAUGCCGUGGAUGGCCUCGAUGCCUUCCGAAGGCUCGAGAGCAACGACUUCCAGGUGGAGCUUCGGCCCGCACCGGGCCAAAAGCGGCCGAGGGAUGACGAUGAAGUCGAAAUCAUCGAGGCACCCGUGGACCUCAACUUCGAGGCCCCGGAGGCUUCAGACGAGGAAGACAAUGUCAGGGUGGUUCUUUGCGAUUCAGGGCCGCGUAGUGGUGGGAUGGCCUACUAUCUGGGCCGGCAAUGGGAGCGUGGCGCGGUCCAUGGUGAGGGUGCUAUAGACGGAGACGCUGAUCCCGGGCAGACUGGUGCAUUGGCUCUAGUUGCUCCGGAGAAUCAGGCGGAGCUCGUUGAACAGGACGAGGACUUGGAAACCACCGUGGCCAAGAUUUCCUUCCAAAUGGAUGAGGCCGAGCUGGCAGACACACCCUGGCGCCGGGCUGGAACCAAUCUGUCCGACUUCUUCAACUUCGGUAUGAGCGAGGAUGAGUUCAAGGAAUACGUGAUGCGCCGCGGGGUCCGGGUGCGGCUGGAGGCCAAGGGGCGCCGGAAGAUCGAGCGCUUGGAAGGGGGGCGCCGGCACUGA